AUCAUAUCGAUAUAUUCAAGAACAUUCAAAUUAUUUCAUUCUUCGAUUCAACAUGGCAGCAAAGGUUUGUCUAGGGUUCUUGCUCCUAGUGGUGUUUUUUAUACCCAGCGAAGAAGGAUUCGUAAACGUCACAAUAGAAGGCUUGACCGUCCCUGUUUGCGAGUCCAACUCUCUCUGUAACCCACAAAGUGGAUGCACUUCAGUCAACCCUCCCUCGGAUGUUACAUGCCAUUGUGAUCCGCCUUGUUUCUUCUUCAACGAUUGUUGUCCCGAUUUCCUGAUAACGUGCACCAAUGCAUCUCCUCUUAGCCAGUUUGCCAAUGCAACCGAGAAUAUCGAUUCUGAUCAGCUGGCUUGUAUGAUCCCUCCUCACUCAUAUUCUUCGGGCAACGAUACAGCGUUUCUGAUGAUCGACAAGUGUGCAUCAGACUGGAACAACGCCUUGGUACAGGAAUACUGCGAAGGAUUUGCAACUGAGUCUGACUUCUUCACCCUAGCUCCUGUAUCUUUCGUGUCAUCCAUUAGUUUCAAGAAUCCAUACUGUGCUAAAUGUAACAGGAUAAAUCUCCAUGAUGUCAUUCCUUGGUCUUUCUUUGUGGAAUGUAGCACUCAAGUCCCGGAGAUACCCCCAAAUGCGACCUUUCAAGAGCGUGUUACAAUAUUGAUGAAGAAUUGUACUGAUUGGUUCUUCGUGCCUCCAACAUCUGGUCUACCGGAUGUGAGAGUAUGUUCCGUCACAGAGUUUGGUACUUGUCGGAAAACCGAUGACGGAGAAGCCUCAUUUGCUAUCCAACGUGCUUGUCGUUCCUAUGUAGCAACGUUCAUUUCUCUCCAAGAUGGCAGUAUAUACAGAAAUCCUCACUGUUUUCUAUGUGAUAACACGUCUGACCAGUACAAUAUAUCCAUACUUCAUUCAUCAGUGGGUGAAGUAAUACCUUGUACAGAUCAUCAGCAGACAGUCUCCAUCAGGGAGCCAUUGACUACGCAGGUUCAAGAGAAUGCCAAGUACAGCCAGAUUUCACAAGUCAAUAUAACAGAUAUAAUUUGGGAAAAUGCAAAUGAUUCUUUUCUAAGCAUUCUUGACACCUUUGGUGGCGGUUAUGCUCCGCCCCAGGCUCCGCCCCAGGCUCCACCCCAGGCUCCACCCCAGGCUCCGCCCCAGGCUCCGCCCCAGGCUCCACCCCAGGCUCCGCCUUCUACAGACUUUGACCCUCUGUGGGUAGAUACAUUCAUCGAGGAGUCCGGGGAGGAGUCUUCAGUACACCCCUUACCCCCUAUAUCAGUUUUGAUUGAUUUUACGUCACUUCAUGAAGCGCCAUCCUUACAAGAAAUAGUGCCAGUAGCUUGCAACAACACACAGGUCUUUGACCCAUCUCUGCAAAUGUGUAUUGAACUCUCCUGCCCUACAGGCUAUAAACUUUUAGAUAGAUCAUGUAUCGUCGAUUCAACCAAAGGUGACAUGAGAUGUUUGAAUGAGAGUCUAAUACCUUCUACUGCCAUAGUGAGUUGCGAGCAUGAAGUCGUAGGAAAAUCGUUCUGUGGCCCUUCGUGGCCCAUUGCAAAUGAAUCAGUGUCGUGGUUCACCCUACAUAGCAACCAUUCCCCAAAUAUUAAAGUUCGAGAGGUAAGCGCGACGUGGAGGAAUGAGAGCUCUUCUCGUAUGGGAAUCUGCUUACAAGUUGUCACUCUCACUUUUGAUUUGCCCAUGCUGGGCUUUGUGCCGUUCAGACAACCAUCUAAGAUGGUCCAGUGGGUUGUCCCAGGGACUGGGAAUUCGGGAGACCUGACAUGCCGUUUAUCAGAAGUCAAUGUGCAAGUAGGAUGUGUUAGAAGAGGAGAUCAGAUAUGUAACAACUCUAUCCGGUUUAAUGAAUUUCAGAUUAUGGGUUAUUCUUCAAGGACAAUUUUUUGGGUGAGCGAGACUAAUACCUCUUACGCGAUUGAAGAUUCUCUCUUGACUCAAAGAUUUCGAUGGUAUUCUGAUAAUUCCAGCAAUGUAGAUGCAGAGCUUUAUGUUUGUAUGCGUGAGAACGCGUCACGAUGUGCGAUGAUAACGUUAGAGGUCGAUGAUUUUGUCAUCUUAAAAAAUGGUUCAGUUUUGUAUAAACCACUCGGUAUUGUUUUUGAUCAAGACGAUUACAAAUUGGCGAACAACGACUCCAUUCAAGUCUGUUCCUUCCUAGACAGUACUGGAAACACCACCCGUGAAUAUUACCUAAUAACAUUUUCAAAAGGGCAGUCGAUAACAAGUUUUAUUGGUUGUCUUCUGUCGAUUGCUUGUCUUGUGUUUACCUUUGUCACCUACGUCAAGUUUGGAAGCCUUCGAAAAUCUGUUUGUAGUCAGUUAGUAAUGAGUACAUGCGUUUCCUUGACAUUGGCACAGUUAAUGUUGCUCUUCAGUGGUAUGGCGAAAUCGAACCCAAUCUCGUGCACAUGCUUUGCCGUACUCGGACACUACCUGUGGCUUGUCGUCUUUGCACAUUCAAUGGCCCUUGCAUUUGACCUCUAUCGCAGGUUUGGACUAACUCAAAAGGUCAAGAAAACAUCCGAAGGUCAGAGACUACUGGUAGUGUUUCUUGUCUUUGCGUGGGGAUCACCAUUGCUCAUAGUCAUACCCUGUGUGAUAGUGCACCUCUGUAAGUUGCCCCAUGUUGCACUGACUUACGGUACAAUCAAAUCCUGCUGGAUUGGUAAUGGCUUCAUGAACCUCUAUGUGUUUGGUGUACCCAUGGCCCUUAGUCUGAUCCUUAAUGGAAUUCUCUUUGCUCUCGUUGUUGCUGGUCUUCGUAAAAGGACAAACCAAACCACGAAGAGAAAGUCAUCGAAGCUGACGACUGAAGGUGUUGUCUAUCUGAAGAUGUCAACACUACUUGGAUUCACAUGGAUCUUUGGUUUCAUUGCUGCCUUUGCCAACGUUACAGCUCUCUGGUAUAUCUUCAUCAUCCUCAACUCUCUCCAAGGAGUCUACAUCUUUAUCGCUUUCAUCUGUAACAAGCGUGUCUUUAAGAUGUGGCAAGACUCAUGCUCGUGCAACCCUUGUGCCUCAUUCACCUGCCCAUGUCAGUUUUUGCGAUCCCUGUCGGCAGAACAAUCGUCAUCCAUCAAAACUUCCGAAUCAACACGGACCUUGUCUUCUGUGUCGUCCACGAAGAAGGGAACUCCGGGUACGUCCAUCUCUAUGACAGAGACUUCAUCUAGCUAUUCUGUACGUGAUGUGAAUCCAGACCUGAUUGAGGCAGAUUCCUCGGCCUAUGAAAAACCGAUGCCGGUCUUCGAGUCCCCGCCUCCCUCCACUUCGGCACGAAAAGACAUACCGAUUCCAAUGUCCAGUCAACUCAUGGAUGAGCUGACAGCGAAGUUUGGAAGAAAGAUGUAGGUCAAACAGGUUUGGGAAUUGGGAUCCAUAAAAAUAAUGUGGCCGGACAUUUAAGAAAGACUGAGUAAUUAUGUUGUGGUGGGGAUGUUGCGUGCUUCGACGCAGUUUCAUUGUAUCAUUGGGCUACACAUUUAUAAAUUGAGAGAACGUACAAGCAGGAUGAGACUCUAAUCGUAAUGGCAACAUGUAGAGAAAAGAAUGUCGGACGGCGCUUUUUAACACAGACACGAAUGUCAGACGACGCUUUAUUGUUAUUUCAUUACACAGAAUUACGUGCCAGACGGCGCU